AUGCCUGACUUUCAGGGAGAACUGAGUGCGAGCGCUUCUUAUGCACAGACACCGGCCAAUCACGACACACAAUUCGUUGUUGUUCGCGCCGUGAAUCUUGACUACCCUGAUUUCUAUUCGGAUGUCGGGGUGGCGAUCAACUUGGUAUCCAGUCAAACGAUUCGCUUCCCUCAGUCUAUUUAUCGACUUCGUAUCGAUGAGAAUGUACCUGUUGGAACGACGCUGUUUCCACCAAUAGAGGUGUUUCCGAAGUCCUCCUCUGUGGUGUAUUCGAUCAGCCCCGGUGCUCCAUUGAGUAUACUUCCAAACGGCACGCUGGUUGUGAAUGCACCCAUUGACCUGGAACAACUGCCAGUGGACCAAGCCGAGAACCUUUAUUUUGUG